AUGCUCUCCCGACAAGUCUUCCGUACCGUCCGCGCCGCCGCUCCCCAGCGUGCCGUCGCAAUCUGCGCGACGCCGGCACGGACCUUUGCCGCCGCUGCCACUGGCAACGAGGGCCAACCCCCCAUCAGCGUCUUCGGCAUUGACGGCACCUACGCCUCCGCCUUGUACACGGCUGCUUCCAAGUCCUCGACCCUCGACCCCACGGCCAAGGCCCUCUCCAACCUCGCCAACAUCUUCGAAAAGGACGCCAAGCUGGCCGUUCUCUUGUCCGCCCCUACCCUCACCGCCGAGGAUAAGUCGGCCAUCGUUGCCGAGCUCAACAAGCACACCGGCGGCAGCAACCAGACGGUCCAGAACUUCCUCGAGACGCUCGCCGAGAACAACCGCCUCGGCCUGCUCCGGGGCGUCUGCGAAAAGUUCAGCCAGCUCAUGUCCGCCUCCCGUGGCGAAGUGGAGAUGACCGUGACGAGCGCUCAGGCUCUGGAUGCAAGGACUUUGUCGCGACUGGAGACUGCUGUCGCCAAGUCCGCCUACGUCGGCCAGGGCAAGAAACUCAAGGUCACCAACCAGGUCAACCCCGACAUUGUUGGUGGGCUUGUGGUCGAGGUCGGCGACCGAACCAUCGACCUCAGCGUCUCGGCCCGUAUCGCCAAGAUGAACAAGCUCCUCAACGACACCCUGUAA